AUGUAUUUUGUCAUUGAAGAAUGGAAAAACGUAACUAUAAAACCAAGUCAAUUAGGUCCAAGAUAUCAGCAAUGUAUAGAAGACAUGUUAAGAAAUAGUGUUGAAGGUCAAUGUAAUGCUAAAUAUGGAUAUAUAAUUUGUGUAAUUAGAAUAAUUCAUAAUGAACCUGGUAGGGUACAAGAUGGUACAGGGAUGAUUGUUGUUAGAGUUAAAUAUCAAGCAAUCGUUUUUAAGCCAUUUAAAGAUGAAGUUUUAGAUGCUAUUGUUACAGAUGUAAAUAAAUUAGGUUUUUUUGCUCAAGCAGGACCAUUAAAAAUUUUUAUUUCAAGAACUGCUAUUCCAAAAUGUUUUGAAUAUACAGAAGAUGCUCAUUAUCCUAGUUUUUCCUCAGGAGAUUAUAAUAUAAAACCUCAAACAGCAGUUCGAAUUAAAUUACAAGGUAUACGUUAUGAUUUAUCUAAUAUGUUUGCUAUUGCUACAAUAAAUAAUGAAUAUCUUGGAUGCAUAGAAUAUAGUUCUUUACAAGUUAUGUAA